CGGGCGGGGCAGCGGCGGAACGGGACGGGAAUGAACACGGCCUUUCGAAAACAGGGAAAACCAAGCACCGAGCCGGCGGGUCGGGUCGGGUCGGGUCGGGUCGGCCGGAGCGGCGCGGGAGGAGGCGGCUGCUGGGGAGCCCGUGGCGCCGGGAGCGCUCCGCAGGCCCAGCCCCGUGCAGAGGCGGGUGGACUUUGUCCCCGGAAGGCGCCGGGACGCGGGGCCCUCCCGGGUGCCCACGGUGAUGCCGGCAGCUCCCCGCUCACACCAGAGCCCACCAUGGCAGACCUCUGCAGCGUGUCCCCCACGUUCCUCGUCCCGGCCACCAACGAGACGCGGGAGCUGGCGCUGGGGACGCGGGUGACGCUGAACUGCACGGUGCGCUGGGCCAGCGCCGAGCCCUGCGAGCCCGUCCCUGCCUGGAGCAAGGACGGGCAGUGGCUGGGCAGCGGCAGCAGCCAGGACAGCACCUGGCUUGGCCAAAACGCCUCAGAGCGGCUCCUGGCCAGCGUGCUGCAGCUCAACCUCACGCAGGACAGCGACUUCGGGGUGUUUGCCUGCUGGGUCAGCAAUGCCACGGCCACCUUCACCCUGCGGCGAGAGGAGGUGGCCGGGCACGUGUCGGCGGUGCUGGCUGCGCUCCUGGUCCUGGCGCUCCUGGUGCUCCUGGCCGGGCUCUACGUGCGGUGCCGCCUGACCCUGCGGCUCUGGUACCGCAACCGCUACGGCGAGCUGGAGCUCAACGACGGGAAGCUAUACGAUGCCUACGUGUCCCACGCCGGCGCCCCGGAUGACCGCAAGUUCGUUCACUUCAUCAUGAAGCCGCAGCUGGAGAACCGCUACGGCUACAAGCUGUUCCUGGACGAGCAAACCAUCCUGCCCAAUGCAGAGCCCUCAGCAGACCUGAUCAUGAACGUGAGCCGGUGCCGGCGCCUGAUCGUCGUCCUCUCGGUCGCAUACCUACAGCAGGACUGGUGCAACAGCAGCUUCAGGGAAGGGCUCUGGAGGCUGCUGGAGCUCUCCAGGAAACCCAUCUUCAUCAUCUUCGAGAGCCAGUACCGGGAGAUCGCCCACCCCGCCAUCAGCCUGCUGCGGCAGCACCGCGGCGCCGUGACCCUGCUGGUGUGGCGAGCCGGCUCCAUGACACCCUCGUCAGACUUCUGGAAGGAGCUGUGCCUGGCCCUGCCGCGCAAGGUGUCCUUCCCGGGGACCGUGGGGGACCCGCAGACGCAGCUGCAGGAGGACAAGGACCCCAUGCUGAUCCUGCACAGCAGCUACCUGGACAGCGCUGGGGACCUGCACCCAGACGGAGACCUCGGCACAGGCCUCCGAGGGUGGGGGUUCAGGAGCCCCAAGCCCCCCCGCAUCGGUGGCCCCGGCACUGCAGUGGCCGCGGGUGCCGGCGCAGUGGAGGACACACAGCCCAGGGACAGGCAGAGACCUGAGAUCGACGUCUCGGACCUGGGAUCACGCAACUACGGCGCCCGCACAGACUUCUACUGCCUGGUGACAGAGGAUGACAUCUGAGCGGGGCCAGGAAGGGCAGCGUCCCCCUCCCCACGGGGCCGCAGGGACACAGGGCACGGCCAGAGGAGCCCGGGCUGUGCGGUGCGACCAAAGCCAGGGUCUCGGUGGAAGGACAGGAGCUGGCUCCUUCGGGCAGCUCGCUCUGCGCUGGAAAACCAGCACCAGGGUCAGCCCGGCCCCUAGUGCCAGGGCACCCUUGGGUGCUGGCCCCCUCCCUCACCAUGGGCGGCAGGGACAUGUGUCCCAUCUGACGGACACACGCUGGGAUGGGGGAUGCUCCCCGAGAAGCGCCAUGUUCCUGCCCCAUCCCAGGGGCUGGGAAACACCCGGCGGGGGGGCUGCGGCAUGCUGUGCCCUCCCAGAGCCCCCCAGCAAUAAAACGCUGCUGCACCCA